CAUCUGUGGAAUGACAGAUGAAGGUUGUUCUGCUGUGACUUCAGCUCUGAAAUCAAACCCAUCACACCUGAGAGAACUGAACCUGAGUGAGAAUGAACUAGGAGACUCUGGAGUGAAAAACCUCAGUGAUCUACUGAUGAACACACAAUUCAACCUGGAGAAACUAGAUCUGUGUGAUUGCAGUAUUACAGAGGAACAGUGUCUCAUCCUGACUUCAGCUCUGAAAUCAAACCCAUCACACCUGAGAGAACUGAACCUGAGCUGGAAUCAAAUAAAAAACACAGGAGUGAAUCACUUAUGUGACGUACUGAAGGAUUCACACUGUAAACUGGAGAGAUUGAGUCUUUAUGACUCUGGAAUUACAGAUGUUUCUUCUUUAACUCAGUCUUUGACAAACACAAAAGCACUGCAGUUUCUAAAAGAGCUUAAUCUAUGUUUUAAUAUGAUUGGAGACUCAAAGCAGCAGCUCAUUGAUGUGCUACGAGACUCAAACUGUGAACUGACUGUAGAUGAAGAUCCACAACCUUAAUUCCCCGAUCUAUGAGGAGAAAGAAAUGUGUGAUAAGUGUGUGAAUGUGAUCCAUACAGGUGAAGAGACUCAGACUUUACAAUCAAAUAAUGCAGCAUGUGUGUUAGAAUCAUGUGAUAUUGAAUGAUUAAUGUUGCUUUAGUAUUCAAGUGAUCAUUUUGUUUAAUUUAAAGCUGGAACAGAGGAGGAAGAAGCUCAGAUGAGUCUGUCUGGCUCUUCAGUUGAAUAAUAUUUGUAUUAAAAUUAUCCAUAAUGA